AUGAGCGGCGGCGGCCGGAAGCCGACGGGCGACGAGGCGGAGGUGGAGGCGCUCCUCCGGGCGGCGCAGGACGCCGUGCUGCUCAAGCUCCAGUCGAACUCUCACCUCGUCUCGUCGUCGUCCUCCGCCGCCUCCAACCCUCCUGCUCUCGACCCGGCGCCCGAUUCACUGGAUGACGAUCUCGCCCGCCGCUUCGACGCGCUCAGGUCCCGCCCGCCGGCACCGAAGCGGCCCGAUGCUGCCUCGCCCGGGAUGGAUGAGAUGGAGGCGCGGUUCGCGGCGCUGAAGGGCGGAGCCGCUGGCCCGGAGAAGGAGACGAAGGUGAGUUUGGAGGAUCUGGGAGAUGAGUCAGAGGAGGACGAGGUGGAGAAGGUGAUGCGGUGGGCAAUGGACGCCGCGCGGCUCGACGUCGCCACGGCCGGCGGUGGCGUCACACCCAGCGCCGAGGAGGAGAAGGAAGAAGAGGACAAGAGCAGCGCCAGUAGCGAGGAGGACGAAGAGGAUAGGCUGGAACUGGAGAUGGAGAAGAGGAAGGAGGAGAUGUUGAGCAAGAAGAACAAGGCCAAGAACAGGUGGUUCUUCUUUUGAUCCUCCUACACAUGUUUUCCAACUCAUGAUCAAGUAAAUUUCUCAGCCAAGUGGAGCGGAUUCAUAAUGUAAUGGAAAUUAUAUGGUUGCGUUGUUUGUUAUCUCUAUGAUGAACAUGAAACAUGCCAUGCCAAAAGUUUACUGCUAAA